UUCACAAACAAUUUAGGAAUGCAAGAAUUCCAGCAAUUACCUAAUAUUAUAUUCACGUUCUAGUCAACUAUAGCAUUAGACAUGUCUCUCAAACAUAAAUAUUCAUAAUACUUAUAUUUGGAAUUGUUGCUGAACCAAACCUAGUACCCACUUCAAAUUUCAUUUAAUGAACCUCCAACAACCUCCAAUACUAUCGCCUUGUAUUACCGUACGCAGCGAGCAAUCCCCUUCGAAACUCUCCGUUCUUGUUUCUCCCUCCCGGCCGCCGAAUCGGCUACGAAGGAUGGAUACGUAGAACGUUGGAUGCGAAGAAGUAGCCGAAGGGUCGCCUUCAUGCAUGCGUUCGUUCGUCGAAGAACGCGAAGUGCUCCUCAGGGCCGCGAUGGCGUCCUACACGUCUCGAAGAGGACGAAUUUCUCCGUCUGCGAAGACGGGCUCCGAGAGCAUUUCGAUUUGGGCGCUCGCGCGGCGCUCGUUUCCAUUUUACCGCUACGCGAUGGCGACGCCGGGAAAAUGGAACGCGAUUCCGAGAGAUUGCGAAUAAAAUGGGAUGUAUCGGCAGCAAAGCAGACAUCAACGAUCGCCAUCCGAACAUAUUCCAAGUAACCAACGUAAACGACCAAGGCAGACGAAUCAAGUCGGGCAAGCUUCAAGUCACCAAUACGGACCUGGUGUUCCAUCAGCGCGGCCGGAAACCCACCAAAUGGCCGCUGCGAUCGCUCAGGAAGUACGGAUUCGACAUGGACAUCUUCAGUUUCGAGUGCGGAAGGCGCUCUCCCACCGGACACGGAAUAUAUGCAUUCAAAUGCAGAAAAGCCGAGGCAUUGUUCAACGUCGUACAACAACGUAUAACAGGAAACAUAACAGACGAAGCGAACGGUGAAUUUGCAACAGGCAACGGUCAAGUCCAUAUAUCCAGAAGGCCUAAUUCAGCAGCUCUGUUUCAUGCACAAACCGACGGUUACCUCAAUCCUGUAUCAUUAUCAUCGACCUCUAGGACUGCCGCAGAAUCUAAACGUCCGGACUCGGUGAGCAGCAACGAACCGCUAAGUCCUAAUUUAUCGUCGCCCCCCGUGGUGGAUCUUCUUUGCAACGAACAGAACAGAAUCGGUUCUACGUCAGAUGCUACAUACACAAACAGCUCGGCGAUGGAAAAUACGUUUAGUUUACCUCAGUACGUUAAUUUAGGAGCUGGCGAGGUGGCUGUAGAUCCGAUGAGUACAUCACAUGUGUAUAUGAACGUUGACGUUCCUACAUACAUGAAGAAAGAUUCGGAAGACGAUCAUUGUUACGCUAAUGUCGAUUCCGAGCGAUUAGAAGGCCUCAGAACCGCAUCGGAUAUGAUACAGGCUCAACCACCUCUAACGCCUGCCGCUCCAUAUCCUUUUUCCAAUGAUCGAUUUGUUGUCGAUCGUGUGAAUUACGCAGAACUAGAUUUAAACCAAAGUGGUAAAGCGACUUUAGAGUUUCAAGCAGAACCCUCGGAGUCUAGCAAUGCCAAAGAGAAAUAUGUGACUAUCGAUUUUCAAAAGACGACGGCACUGUCGCUGUCGAAGAAUCCAUCGAUGGCGAUAGAAGAGGGCUCAAGGAAAACGAGACACAAUUCGGCGAUUGAUUAUCGUAGUUCGAUUAGCGAUUGAUUCGAUUAAUCGAUAGAUGAGGGAAAGUCUUUCAACGAAAAAAAGAAGCAACAAUUUAUUGAAACGGAAUCGAAAAUUUUUUAUGAAUAGUAGUGAUAUACCUUACAAUGGAAGAGUUGUAGUAUAACGAGUCAAAAUUUAUAGCGUUUGGUUAUUAUACAGGGUGUUAUACAGGGUAACUUUAAAAUAAAUCAUUAGAUUAACUAUUGUAAACUAUCGUUUAAUGCUCUUGGUACAGACAUAACGUAUACCAAAUUUAGUUGUUUUAAGUUUGAAUUUUACAGGUGUAUUAAUUUUUUUGUAUUUGUAACUUCACUUUGAAGGCCUAUAACUCAGGAAUGUAGCUUUGCAAAAAGUUAAGUUGGGUUAAGCAACGUAUUUUGGGCUUCCCUACACACCUCUAUUCUGUGUCGGUUUUUAUGCGGGACACCCUGUAUAUUGGCAGCUAUAAUGAAUUUAUUGAUAAUCCUCAAUUACUUAUCAAAUAAAUAUUAAAAUUUAUAACUCGAUUAAAUAGCUAUUUGUUAUCAAUCUUUCAGCUUGUGAGAUAAUCUGAGGUACCUACUUGAAGGUAAAAAACAACUACAUAAUCUCAUAUGAGGACUUUUUCUUAUAAAUUUUGACAUAUGUUAUACAAUCGAACUUUUUCGAUAGGUAAUAAAUAAACUUUUGAAAAUUGCACAACCCCGUCCGUGUAUAGGCAGUUUGUAAAAAGCAUAGUACGCAUUCGAAAAUGCCAAAAUGAUUUUUUUCGGAGUUUAUCCGAAUUAACUCAAUAUUUUUUCACAUAGUUUUUAUGUAAAUGAUAAUCUGUGUAUUUUUUCCUAUUCAUUUGCUAAAGACCUUUUGCGCUGUUUAAUUGUGUCUUCUUUUUUUAAUUUAGAAUACUUAUAUUUAAGUUUAAUUCCAAAUUCAUAUUUAAACUUCUAACGCAUUAUGUUACAAUCCAUUGAAACACUACAUUAUUUUAUUAUUAUUAUUCACGUUUUCAUUAUUUUUUAAAGUCUCGUUUGCGAGAAGUAUUGAAGAUUUAAAGUGACGGCGUCGAUGUAAAUUGAAAAUUUUCCAAAUUUAGGUUGAAAAAACUUGUGUUAAGUCCAAACGAUAUUGUUCAAGAGUUAAUAUUCUCGAUCUUUUUUCUCUACGUGCCAUGAUUAUUGUGUUUUUAUGUAGGUUACAGGAUGUUGUAUAAGUAAAACGAAAACCGGCUGAUGUACAUAUAUCUUUAAUGUAUUAGCAAAUAGAUGUCUGCAAUAAAUUGCAGGAAAAAAAUCCCUAUAACUGCGCGAAAAAAUGUCCUAUAAUUAUGUAACUUCCUGGUCUAAAUUUUAAUAAUGAAUUUAUAAAUUGUAAUUUAGUCGGAUUUUGUUUUAUAAGCAAUCCAGUACCUUCAUUAUAAAAACCUAUAUUAUUGUUCUAGUCUUCCAUACCAAUGUUCAUGUUAUGCCUAAAUAGCUACAUGUUAAGCAUGCAUACAGAAUAGUUUACUGUAUCCAUAUAAAUAUGACUGUCAAUCAUUCUAUAUGUAUUUUUUAUGGUUAAGUUUAAUAUUAGAUCGUUUAGAUUUUAUUACUGUAUUUUAUUCGUGACUCUUCUCUGGCUUAUAAUGUAUUUUUAAAAUAUUUUUUAUAGUUGUGCUUCAUGGCCAAAUAAAGAGAUUAUUAUUAAUUAUAGGUAAGCUACAUUUUAGAGUUGGUUUUUAUUAAUUAGAAAAAUAACCGUACCAAAAGAUUGAUAUAUCGGAUAAUUUAGUGAUUUAUUAUUAUUUUUUUAUAGAGUUUAGAGGCUUGGAAUUUUGUACAAAUGUAAUUAAACCAAAAAAAUGAC